AUGCAUCUCAACAAAAGUUUUGGUGGCAUCCUAGCGCUGCUGACUUUUGUCAAGGCUCUACCCUCGCCUGAGCAAGUCCAAAAGCCUUCGUGCCGCUUCGCGCAUCAAUAUUCCCAGAAGGAAAUUAUUCGUGACCCUACUGCUUUUAUCAACGACCUACUGUUCUGGGAAGGCAAGUUCCACCAGAACAACAUCUCAUAUAACAGCAACAAUGGUAUCACCUACGACGGGACAAACAUUGACUGGGUGACCGGCGAAGCCACCAUCAAGCACUCAACCAGCGCUGCUAGCAAGGAGUCACUUCAAAUCAUGCUCUAUACACACGCUAUUGCCGGAUCUCCAGAAGCUGCUCGAUUCCUUUCCCCCGAGAACCCAGCAGCAGCCCCAGGCUUGGUUGCUUCUAUCAUGCAGAAGAAGCUGCAGACUUAUCUCAGGUUCAAUCAAACUUUCCCUGGAUUCGGUGGAUUCUUGCCUUGGAUCUUGGCUGAUGGUGAAGAUCUGAUCCCGACACCGGACUGGGAUAAUCGUGUACCUGGUCUUGAUAAUGGUGAGCUUCUCUGGGCUGUGUAUGGAUUUAUCCAAGCUCUUGAGAACACAGGCAACAAGUCAUAUCUUGAGCUUGCUCAAAAAUGGCAAACAUGGUUGGACUAUACCAAGACUACGGCUGCUAAGAUUUUCUAUUUCGGCAGUGGGAAAGUCUGUGCUGUUGUGGCUAUGGAAAACCAGUCUCUGCCGGUCAACCAUCGAGCCCAAUCGUAUCAAUGCGAGAAGGAUGUUCUACUGGACGACCCAUUUGAAGGCGAAAUCUUCACAUUCUGGCUUCAAUUCUUUGGCGGCUUGUCGGAUACAGAUAAGAAAGCUCUUUGGGAGGUAAAAAGACCCCAACUAGUGAGCGUGGAUUAUCAAAUGGGCAACUUCGGACCCAUCACAGUGCAGAAAGGAUACUGGUUCUCCAGCCACGAGACCUGGAAAGCUUUGCAAAUGCCCUACUAUGACAUUGACAUUGUCAGACGUUUGUUCAAGAAUGCCGAACGGGUCCGAACUUGUAAUUCAGUUGCAACCAAGAAGCCUGGCAUGUUCGCUUCCAUCAACAACAUCACCGAUCCCUCCAGCGGUGAUGUAACAGGCUACAUAUCCAAUGCUGGUGUCCCCUCUGUCUCGAACCAGACUGUCCAAGAACUAGACGUGAUCACACCGUACAGUGUUUUCCCGACUAUUCUCUUCGACAAAUCUAUUGGACUGGCCUGGUGGAGGAAUAUGGCUAUUGCCAAAAAGAUGCAGAACAUCUACGGCAGUACCGAGUCCACGCGCGUUGAUGGGACUGGCGUUUCUGCGCUUGUCACUUGGGACAGCAAGGUCACCACUGUGGUUGCAAUGUUGGGUGGUGUCACUGGUCUCGUUCGUCAAAAGAUGAAGGCAGAUGGCGUCUAUGCUGAGUUCAUAGAAGUUAUCGAGACUGAGUAUUCGCGGGUAUUCACGCAACUUCAAGGAGAAGAUGUCGAUCUUUGUCUUCCCAAAGACACCGUGUCCGAUGCAGGAUUGGUGGAUUUCACCACCUGCAACUAG